AUGAGACUUGUCUGCUUGGCCUUGGCGAUUCUGCACCUUUCGGCAGUUCCACAGAAAGAAACGCCAAGGACGGAAUCGGAACAUUGGGCGAUCCAGAAACAGCUUGAGGCGGGACUUGAGCGCCAACGUCUGCGCUCAACUCGGCGUCUCCAGCGCCACAACGGAACCAAGGUGAGUCUUUGGAAAGACCAACGUGUGCUACAAGCGGCACAGAGCUGUUCUAGCACUGCCGAUUGUGACGCAAAUGACUAUUGCAUGAGUUGCGACAAAUGCGCGGAGUACCAUGCCUUGCUUCCAAAGGAACAACAAAGGCGGUGGACCUGCGAUCCCUGCACGACGGGUGCGAAGAUUUGCGAAAGUGGGAAAUACUGCACCGUGGCAAAUGAUCCAGCGGAAGGCAGUUGUCCAAGCAGCUACCCGGGCUGCAGCGCACAUUCGGAAUGUGCAGCCGAUGAGUAUUGCUUCUCCUGCCAACAGUGCGAGGCGCAUAUCAGCAACAAAGGAGAGAACAGUUCCAUUUGGCGAUGCGAACCAUGCCCUUCUCAGAAAGGCGGUUUUUGCUCCAAACUUUGGUGGUGUGCUGAACGCAAGGACAGUAUCACAGGCAGUUGUCCAUCUUUACCCGGCUGCAGCCAGCAUUCGGAGUGCAAGGAGGGAGACUAUUGCGAGAGUUGUGAUCUUUGCUUGCAGUUCCAAGCAAGUUUGCCGGAACAUCAACGUGCCAACUGGCCCUGUGAGCCCUGCCCCACAGCAGGAGGUGGCAUUUGUGAACCGGCGAGGCUAUGCCAACUGGCCAAUGAUGGCAUCGAUCGGACGUGCCCACCAGAGAAGGGGUGCAAUGCACAUGUACAGUGUCUUCCGGACGAGUAUUGCAUGGACUGCGACAAGUGUGCCGCAUAUCGUGACAGCUUACCUGCUGCACAACAAGCCUAUUGGCCCUGCGGCUACUGCCCAACAGGCCGCGGGGGGCAUUGCGAACGUCGUGUCUUUUGCUCGGUGGCGGAAGAUGGGGUGAGCGAAUGUCCUUUGUACGAAGGAUGCUUCAAACACCAGGACUGCAAGCAGGGCGAGUUCUGCUGGAGUUGGAAAGCCUGUCAGGAGGAGGAUGUCCGGAAGACGGGCAAUUGUGGCGAGAAGCCACGUAAGGACGGCUUCUGUAACCCGAUCUCGACCUGCAACACGCGCCGGUCCAUUGAUGGGACUUGCCGAGGGGCCAAGGCAUGCAAUAGUCACUACGAAUGCGGUGCGGGGCUCUUCUGUGUCUCAUGGACCGCCUGCCAGCAGCGUUCGCCCGAGAUCUGUGGACCGCAACCUGCGCACCGCGCUGGGGUCUGCCUCCCAGCCGAGCACUGCGUGCAUGGCUUCCACCCACCGCUGGGGGGCGAGUGUCCCGUGUGGGCGGCGCAGAACGGCACAGCAGGUGGUCAACUGGCGGUGACGGAGGUCUUGAAAUUGAACAGCACCUUGAUGCUGGCGGUGUGGGGCCAAGCGAUGAACACCUGGCAAUCUAUCCGACCUCACCAGGAACGUGACUUGGUCCUGGCGCAGUUGCACGACUACCAAUCCAAUGUUUCGACCAAGGACGACUCGGAGUACGUGGGCGUCUACGAGGUGACCGCUGGCCGGAUGCAGCUGCAAGACCAGGUGAAGUUAUCCUGCCCCUGGGUGGAGGUGGCCAUUCCAGCACAUGGGCCCCGUAUCUACGAGGCACGGCGCUAUAUGGACGAGAUGGAGAUGUCGCAGAAACAUUCUGAGUGCAGCUGCAUCCUGGGUGAGUCUGGCGGACGCUGCCCUCGCGGAGCCGGAUACUUCGUGGCAUCCCGCGCACCCGACCCUCCGGACUAUUGCAACGACGUCACCGUGUCGGGCGCGCCCAAUGGGCUGAAGGAGAUUCUGCCGGCGAACAUUCUGCAGGGUCUGCAGAACUGUUCGGGUUUUGCCAAGGUCACGACGACGGGGAACUUCACCCUGGAGUCUCCAGGGGCCUCGGUGAGGUUUCUACGGCUGGACUCCUUCGCGAUCGAGGAGGUGCAGGUCCCAGCUGAUGCUGCUGUGGCAUUGAAGUUUGAUGGGCAGCACCUGCGAUGUGAAUCUGCAGAGAUCUCGGCCUGUGGCAGUCUGCAUAGGGACAUCAACGUGCCGAUCGUCCUGCAGUCCUUUCACACGGGGACCUCGCCGGAGCGAAAUCGGAUCCACUUGGGUCGCUACUGCACGUCUUGCAAAGCAGCUCUCAAGAGGUUUCAUCCCAUCUUCUUCUAUGACAGCGAUGGUCAGGCCUUGCGGAAUGAGCUGUCCUUGUACUCCAUGCGCAGCGACAUGUUGCGACCGGCCAAGCUGGUGGACUCGCGCUUCUCGCAGCCCGAGCCAGGCGUAGCAGAGAGCAUUCAGGGCUGCCCCGUACGGGAGGCGACCACGGCCCGCGGCGUCUCCUUAGCGGAGCUGCGAGGGAAGAAGGAACUGCCAGCAGCGGACUAUUCCUUGCGGUGGUGUGUGGUUCAAACUGGGAGUUGUUCGAUCACCUCCAAAGUAAAGUAUUGCAUCGUGGGCGGUGCUUCUGGGGUUUUGAUCAUGGAGGCUCCAGACCAUGCAGCAGAUCCCAGGUUGCCCAUCCCUGACAAGCAGGGAGAGGUCCACCUGUCGGCUGGUGAAAGCCUCAACGACUUGGUGCCGGUGCUGUACUCUGCCUAUGAUGCACAUCUUUGGAAUGCCCUUCUCAAUGGCGAGGACGUGCUUUUGGAAGCCGGACCCAAUGUGGGUGUGCGUCCUGCCAACACUCACGCGGUGUCGGUAGGCGGCGUGCGCAUCUAUGAUGCCAUGACACGGCAAUGGCACUUUGGAGGGGGUGGCUUUGGCGCUGAACGCUGGAUCGAACAUUCGCAAGUGCGGGAUGUGCUCUUCGUGUGCACGGCUUCGCAGAAGCUCAUUGCAUUCGACACCUCCAGGUCGGAUUACCAGUUGGUGAAGCUGGGAGAGGCUCCGGAGGACGUGCAAUGUGGACGCUCGACCAGCUCCCGAGAUCAACAUCUCAUUGAUUUCAAAGCAGGCUGUCCAGCUUUGCCCCUUGAGUUGACAUCAGUGUGUGAAGCGUUGAGUCGGAAAUUCUUCAGUGUCUACAUUGAUGUGGAGGGCAACAGGAAUCACUUGGUUUUCUUUGACACCACGCAUCUAGACGACUGGCAUAGGCUGUCAGAGGUCCAUGCCAACUGGGAACACGAAACUGAUGGUCUAGGACAGGUGCUGGUGACACAGGAUGGCACCAAGCUGCUGGUCUCGUGGCAAUGUUCCACUUUGUAUUGUGGCACUACUCGCAGGACGGACACGUCCAUGCCGGGCGAGCAUCUCUAUGUCCUGGACCUCACCGUCGGCUUGGAAAAGGGCUAUGCCCCACCGGUGCUGGCGGCGGUGAAGAUUCCUAUGUCGCGAGGUUCCAUCAUCAGAGAUAUCCAGUGCACACAGCAGAAUCUCUGCUUGCUGAGUCUUUCCUGGGACGGUGUGGCGGUCCUUGAUGUGGGCGAAGGGCCAAAUCAGUUCAAGGUCGUUGCUCAGCACAGUGCCACCUUCUCAGGGACGAACUCCAGCGAUGCAGCGCAGUGGUUGGAACUGGCAGAUGACGAGCAUUUCCUCCGCAUGGAAGUUGGUGCACAGAAAGUGGUCGCCAGCAGGCAUCGGCGGAAUCGCUUCUACAUCGAGCGAUGGUCCUUCGACCUCCCGGGCUGGUCCAACGGUGGGAAGGGCAAUCUGAUGGACAGUUUGCGCUUUGACGGUGUUUGGGCCGUUGACAUCGACAACUACGUUCGACCCUUCUUUGGUUCGGGGGCACCACCUCUCUACGACCCUGCAGUCACUGCGGUCUUGAAAAUGCCCCGAGUCCUCUGGGCAGCUGUGUCGGCGAGGCCCGAGGAGUUCGAAGCCAAGAUGUCCAAAGGGCUGCAGGAGGCGCUGCACAUUGCACCAGAUCGCAUCAAGGUGUUGAAUUCCAAGAAGGCCCCGCCAGGAGCAGAGGGCGUUUGGAUGGAAUUCACUCUGCUGGAUGGUGAGGGACCAGCACCAAGCACCUUGCUUGACGCACUCUUUAGGCAGGUAAUGUUUGUCUUUGGUGCCAUUCAUCAGGGCCUCAUCAAAGACGAGGUGGAGGGAGCAACCAUCGAACGCAUCGGGCCUGUUCCAAUAUCCAUCAAACAUCAAGACAGGUUCAUCCAUACACCGCCAGUCACGGAUGGUUUCUUCCGUGUGACGCUGGUGCUGGCCUUCGUGCUACUUGCAAGUUGCAGCCUUUGCUUUUUCGUUCGAUCCAAGAAUUCCUUGAAGAAGCUGAAAGAGGAAAACCGUCGCCUUCGUGAUGCUGAACUGCGGCACAGGGAGAUGAUGGGCAAUGCUCCAGUGGCAAAUGCAACAGGCUAUGUCAUUGGUCGACCAGAUCCACUUUCCCAAGGAUCGCCCAGCAGAAAAGAUCCAGAUGCAAGAGAUACCACAGGUAGCCUUUCCUAUGUGGUGGGAAACCCUAUCCAGAGCACGUCGCCCAACGCGGCGAUGACUGUGGAGGGGCAGGCGGAAUCGCCAGAACUUCAGCUAGAGGAAUUCGAAUCGGCCACGGCCACAGUCAGGCAGGGCAAGUUUGAAUAUCAACGCCGUCCUUGUUCCAAGGGCCCCGACACGAGUCGGAACUGA